AUGCCCAAUACUAUUGAGGCGUCUAGUGGAGUCUUUACUGUAAAGCUUGCGAAGACCACGGCAGGACUUGGAGUUACGAUCACAGGUUGCAAACAGAAGCUUUUAAGUAAUGAGGAACCAAUGGUGAUAUCAGAUAUCAAACCAGGUUCGGUGGCCCAUCGAAGUGGCGCGUUGGCUCCGGGGGAUCAUCUCCUUGCUAUAAAUGGACAGCCUUUACAUAAUUUGUCACUGGACACAGCCUUCAACAUCCUUCAAAACUCGCCAGAAGAUAUAAUAACCUUAAAAAUCCGCAAACGCGAUUUGACCGACGACUGGGCGAACAUACACAAGCAAAAUGCAAAGCUCACUUUGCAAAGCUUUAGUAGCGUGGAAACAAAAGCUGUGAUACACAGUGAAGAGGACUCCGGGCAUACUGACAGUCCUAAUAAUAGCGGGAAGGACAGGCAUGACGCGGUUUUUAUGGUGGAAAUCAUAAGACCAGACAGUGGACCGCUGGGGUUAACAAUAGCUGGAAGCGAGGAUGUGACGCAGCCUAUACUAUUGAGUGGACUUAUUGAAGGUGGCCUGGCUGAAAAGUGCGGUAAACUGGCCAUUGGAGAUGAGCUGCUCAGCAUAAACGGCGAGAGCGUCCUAAACAAACCUUUAUCAGAAGCGAUCAAGUUGUUACAACAAAGUGGGCAAAGAAUUCAGCUGCAAAUGUGUAGGAAAGUCACUGGUCAUUUGGACUGCGGUGAGUCGAGUGCAAGGGAUUCUAGCCAUUCCACUUCUAGUCCAGGGCUCUCAAACGACAGUGCAGUGGAGUCCUGGGACCAGAAUACGCCCGUCAGGACGAGUGGUAAUUGUGGCAAUUCCGAAGUAAUAGAAUACGCCGUACCAGACAAGUCCCGAAUAAUAGAUAAACAGCCGUACUCACCGACAGACGAAGAUAAACUUAUGGCCUCCAACUUCAAUUCGUUCAUUCAAGACUUACCCUUGCCGAAUUAUUCACUCAAUAAUUCACUCAAGACGUUUCACUACGAGAAUACGUGCAUUAUUCCCGAGACUUUGAAGAAAACGAAUACAAGAGAGGACGAUGUUCAGCAAAUUGAAAUUUUAACUUCGAAUAUGAAGGAUUGCCAACUUCACAACAUGGAGAGGUCGUCAUGCAAAUGUGACUAUGUUCAGAUGGGUCCUUAUAGUAUAGUCUCCCCGAACAGGCGUAACUGGGAUAACGACUUCAACGGUAUAUAUACUGUGACGACGCCGCAGAAGUCGCCGUUGAAACCUAUGGCGGGAUCCAGCUUUCAAUUUUCGAAUAGCCCUAUUUAUGAGAACGAUGUUCCAGGUCUCUACAGCAGCGAUACGUUAUCACCAGCUCGGGGUUCUGUUCAUCACGUUAUACUAUAUAAGGAUGCAAUAUACGAUGACUAUGGGUUCUCCGUCUCCGAUGGUCUAUAUGAAAGGGGGGUCUACAUCAAUAGGAUACGUAAAGGUGGACCAGCAGAUAUCGUUGGUCUGUUACGUCCGUAUGACAGGAUUUUACAGGUGAAUGGUACACGUACGGUGGAUUAUGACUGCUGCUUGACUGUGCCUUUGAUUGCCUCUGCGGGUGACCGAUUAGAAAUUGUCGUGCAACGGCUAGCAACUUCACGGGAUUUAAGAAACAUUCGCCUAGAUGACAGUUCGAGCCCCAGUGAAAGUCCCAGCAGCAUUGUGACUAAGACUAUUUAG